AAGAACAGUUGGAGGUAGGUGAGAGUGCUGGAGGUUGUUGAGAGAAGGAGGGUGGGAGGGAAUACUAAUGAUUAUGAUGAUGAGAAGGAGGACACUCGUCUCCCCCUGACGUACAGUGUAGGGAAUGGGGGAUCAUCAGACGACAGGUGACCCCGGGUGCCCGGGCGGCGAGAGCUGGUUCCCGGACCACCCUCCCUCCGCCGCCCCUGGGAACAGCGAGGGGGAGGAGGUGGUGUCGAAGCUACCGGUGGAGAGCUGUGCCCCGCGCCAAACGUCGACCGAGGGGCGCGGUGUCCCCAGAGAGCGCAAGAGGAGGCACCGGAGGCGACCGUCCAAGAAGAAGCGUCGCUGGAAGCCCUACUUCAAGCUAUCUUGGGAGGAGAAGAAACAGCUGGAUGAGAGGGAGAGCGUACGGGCGGCCAAGACCCGGGCCGAGAUGUUCGCGAAAGGUUUCACCGUGGCUCCCUACAACACCACCCAGUUCCUCAUGGAGGAACACAACCAAGAGGAGCCCGACCUCAACACCGGCGUCUGCCCUAAACGUGUCAACAAGUCGGAUGAGACGAGCGAGGAGGAAGAGCUGGAUGAGGAGGAUCAGGACAGCGGCAGCGAUGGCAUGGGAGGCAACGGCAGCGAAUUCCUGCAGAGAGACUUCUCCGAAACUUACGAGAAGUAUCACGCAGAGAGCCUGCAGAAUAUGACCAAGCAGGAGCUGAUUCGGGAAUACCUGGAGCUGGAGAAGUGCCUGUCCAGGCUGGAAGACGAAAAGAAUCGACUGAGGGGCCGACUUGAAUGCAUGAAGGCGAGAAGCGCCGACGCUGCGGAAAUACAAAUGAAAGAGAUCGAGCACGAAGUGGAGAUGUUGAAGGCUGAAAAUGAGAGACUUGAGAAAGAAAAUGAACAGUACAAACAAGAAAGAUAUUUGGAGGGCGGAGAAUAAAAUUUGGACGUUACAUUGAUAUAAUGUAAAUAUUUUAAUUCAUUUAAACGUUUUAUAAAGAUGCAUGGGAAGAACACCUUACCCGCCCUGUAUUGUUGCUUGUUCCACAUGUGUACAUUUGUGCUAAACUUUUUAUGUGCAACUUUGGCUUAAUUGUCUUUGAGAUCACAAUAUACAAUGUGUUUCUGUCUCGUUACUGUAAAAGUUUUGACGUAUUUUAUCUAGUCUUGUAUAUCUUUAAAAUGACAUCUAGCCAUUGAAGAAUAAAUAAUACUUAAGUAAAAUGAAUGCGAUGUUAAUGUGAUGUGUUCAGUCAGGUUUUGAGGCAAUGGAAAAGCUGUCAACCGUUCACUGCGCAUUGUAGGGUCAGGCAAUCUGCUACUGACAUAACGAACGCUUAUUGCUGAUGAAUGUCACUUGUCAACUGCUGUAGUGGUCUCGAGUAUCUGCUGAAAAUACUUGAACUCCCGGCGAAACUAAACUGUACAAGUGAUAAGGUGGUUGCGAUUACACGAUUGCCUUGCAGCUAUCUAACUGCAAUGUCAAACUGCGCAGAGAAUUUGUUAUAAAUGUUUGGGUAGUGUAAUUGCCAAUCAGGGGCAAACGUGCAUAACGCUUGUUUAAAGGGCCUAUUCUCACAAGAAGAGAAAAGUAAUGCGAAGAAUAUGUAGAUCGCAAGUACAAACGUUCUUUGUAUCUCUCUGUAUAAACAACAGUAAAUGCUUGUAGACCUUUGAUACAGAUUGAAAGUCUCAAUGAACAAAAUAUAAAGAGCUAAUCCUUUCCUUCACUUGCAAUUAAAUCGACAUUCCUAAACUGUUUUGAUAUUGGCCAUAAAGGAACUUUUUGGGGGUGGGAGGUGCGUUAAACGAGUUAAUUAUUUGAAGUGACAUGCGCAUUCACGUUGCCUCUUUUCAGGACGAACUCGCAGCCAGGAUUCGAUUACAUUUUUCAAGCGAAAGACAGCGAGCUCCAAAGCUCGUGCAGACGUUUUUAAAAAUAGAACGAGUUAUUUUCAAAAUGGACAGUUAUUAAUUUCUGGCUCUUAGUCACGUAUACAUCUUUGAAAUUAUAGAGGAUUGAGAUGGAUUUCAAACACGGAGAGUAAAGCUCUUAAUUUAACGCCUAGUUUAUCAAUGUUUUCCAAAAGUACAAAGCAAGGUUGUUUUUAAAAGUGUUUUAGCACGUUUGAAUAAACACUCCUUUGUAGAAUUUUGGCACAUUUUAAAUUCCGGGCAGACUGAUAAUUCUAUUAUCAACAGAGGGCGCAUUUCUUGCAGAAGGAAUAAUAAACUACUUCGCUAAUUGUCCGCUUUAAACAGCAUUAGGAAAAUCUAACAAGUAGUAUCAGGAAGCUUUAUUUCCUUAAACACGAAGCUCUGCACAUUUCUUAAUCGUGAAACGGUCGGUAUAGAGCCACUUAAAAAUGUCCACAGGUUUCGUAGCCCCUUGUGCUUGGUCGGUUAAGGGCAAUCCACACAGAUAAUCAUGUACAGCAUAGGAAGCUGUUGUGCCUCUUAGAGCAAUUCCGUUAAUCCCACGCCCGUUAUAAUUCUUUCUCCUGCGAAUAUUUAACGAGUUCCCUGUUGAAUCGUUGUCCACCAACCUAUCAGGCAGGGAAUCCAGGUCCUAAUCACUUGUAUUAAAAUACUUUCAUGUAAGCUUAAAUUUGGGCCUUUUGGUUUUUGAUUUGUGAGUCAAAAAGUUUCCCUGAACCCCUAACGACU